AUGGACGGGUUUCGACGAUUCGCGGAGAAGCUGAUCAACGAUCCGCUGAAUCGUCUGCAAGGCGGCUCAGGAGGAGGAUUUUACGACCAAGAGCCCCCAUCGCCUGCAGCAGCGGCCACCAGUCGCAGGCGGCCAUGGGGACCCAACGGCCCUUCCAGCGGCCCUCCCAGUGCCAGCGACAGCGGCAACGGCGGCAGCAGGAGCGGCAACAGGGGCGGGAUUACCUUUGGAGGAGGUGGGCUGAAUCUAGGCGGAAUCGGAGGGAUCGGAGGAAUUGGGGGAAUUGGAGGGCUGGGAAUUGGGAACGCUAGUGCGGAUGGUAGUGGUAGCAGCAGGGACGGUGUUAAUAUCGGUGGUGGUGGUGGCGGUGGUGGUAGUUUUAAGAGUUUUGGAGCUGGAGGGUUCAUGGGAGGGCCUGGCGGGUUUUUAGGAACUGGAACAGGAGGAGGGGCCUCUUUUUUCAAGAACAUCCAACGGUCCUUAUCCAUAGCCGCGCCUGAUCGUGGCCGUCCACCUCCCGCCCCCACCCCUCGCGUCCCCUCCUCCCAUUCCGCCACGUACGAGUCUCCCCCUAUCCGUCCCCAGCCUCCCCCUUCCCAUUCCGCUGCGUUUGGGGGAAGACCGUCAGGCGGAGCAACAGAGCUUCAUAUAACGCUGGACGAGAUUCGGUUUGAGAACCAGAGCAGCAGCAGCAGCACGGGCGGAUUCGGGACAAUUGCCAGUGGCAUUAGUGGUAGUGGCAGCGGUGGUGGUGGUAAUGGUAGUGGUGGGGACGGUCGUUCUAGCAGCACUGCUAUCGUCCGCACUCAAUCCGCCUCCUCCCCUGCCUCCCCAGGUUUCAGCGUCCUCUCUCUCUUCACCUCCCCGCCUCAAACCCACCACCACCACAACCAUCACAACCAGCAUCAGCAGCACAGCCAACAGCAGCAGUCGCGUCUGUCUCAGCCCUCCCCCCGUACCACUGCUGCUGACGUCAUCUCCUUCUUCACCUCCCCCUUCUCCCUCGGCCCCUCCGCCUCCCCCGCACCUCUCCCCCGCCAAAGCUCUGCAGGAGGCGCCUCCCCCCUCCGCAGGUCGUUACCAGGGGGGGUGGUAUCUCCUGCGCUCUCUGGGGGCGGGGGAGGGGGGGGGAUCGGAGGGUUGUGGGCUAUGGUGACGCGGACGAGCAGCAGUGGGAUUGGAGGGGGAGGAGGGGGCCUGGAUGACGUGGCCGAGUCCCUGCCCUUAUCUGCCACGUCAUCAAUGAACACGUCACUGGGGAUCCUAGCUGGCAUGUCGUCGCUGCGACCCGUACAGGCGGAGCAGGCAGAGCCGUUAGAUGCAAGCUUUUUCGAGGAGGACUUUGACCCCGUCCGCUGUGCGUUGGAAGAGCUUCCAGACGAACCCCUCUCGUUGCAACACCUUGGAACACAGUGUGGCAAGCGGCAGCUGCAGCUGGAUGAGGUGUCGGAACAGCUGGCGACGCAAGUGAUGAGUCACCACGAGGAAAUGGUGCAAGGCAUGAACCUCUUCGCGGAGCUUGAGCGGGACCUUCAAGUCCUCUAUGUGAUCUGCAGGAACACGCGGCGGCUGUUGAACAGUGCGCGCAAGGACAUCUCAAAGAACCUGGUGGUGUCCAACAACGUGCAGAAGAAACGCAUGGCCACUAGCAUGAUUCCCGUGUUGCAGCACAUGCAGCAGGUGGCACAGAUGAAGGCGCGUCUGCAGCAGCUGGUGGAGGGCGCCCACUACCCCGCCGCCCUGCAGCUGUGCUCGCGCUGCCUCGUGCUCGUGGAACAGAGCCGGUCACUGUGGGCCAUUGGAGACAUGAGCAGCAGCCUUGAGGGCUGGUUGGCACGGGUGGUGGAUGAGGUGGACGCCAUUCUCUUCACAGUCUGCCGCCGCUACAACCCCACCGCCUAUGCCACGGUGCUGGACUCGUAUGCGGUGAUGAACGGGCUGCCAGCCCUGGCGGAGAAGGUGCACAACUUCUUCUCCCAAGCAGUGGUGUCUGAGACCUACGACAUCCUGCUGCAGUUCGUGGAGCAGGGAAGCACAGAAGACGACGCCAGAAGAAGCAGAAUGGCAUACAGCGAGCUCUGCGGGCAGCUGUCAGACCGAUUCUUCUUCCUUUGCCUCAUCCGCACCAUGGAGCUCGUGUUUGAGCUCAUGUGCUCACACCACGUCAUGAUGACUGCCCACCAUCCACUGCUGAAGACGGUAUCCGCUGCUGCUCCUCCGGCUGCCCCUCCUGCUGCUCCUCCCUCUGCUGCUUCAAGCGCACCCCAAGGCACUGCAUCAGCGGUCCCCAUCGCCCAACCCACCAAUCCAUCCACACCUCUGCGCUCCUCCUCUCAGCCAUCGAAGCUUGACCCGGCGAGUGCAAGCAGCAGCAAGACUGGCAGUAAGAGUGCAGCAGAGAGGGGUGGUGGUGAGAGCAAGGCGAAUUGGGAGAGCAGGGUGAGUGGGGAGAGCAGGGUGAGUGGGGAGAGCAGGGUGAGUGGGGAGAGCAGGGUGAGUGGGGAGAGCAGGGUGAGUGGGGAGAGCAGUGCUGCCCCAGACCGGUUUGAAGACUCGCUGUGCUUGCCAGCUGCACAGGCUGUUGUGUUUGACGUCCCGGCCGAGGCACAGUCCAUCUCAGCACAGGCUGCUGCUGCUGCUACGCCUGGCGCCAGUGGCAGCAGUGGUGCUGGUGGCAGCAGCAGCGUUGCACCCAGCAGUGCUGCAGCACCCACUGGCAGUGGUGGUGGUGAUGGUUUCAGAUGGAAGCUGCGACGGGAGAGAGGAGGUGUGGAAAAGGAGGUGCAAAGGAAGGAGGAGGAGGAGGAGGAGGAGGAGGAGGAGGAGGAGGAGGAGGAGGAGGAGGAGGAGGAGGAGGAGGAGGAGGAGGAGGAGGAGGAGGAGGAGGAGGAGGAGGAGGAGAAGGUGGAAGCAUGCUGGAGCUGGGAGAGCCGGGGGAGAGGCUCAGCCGCGGGGCCGUCAGCAGCCAAUGAGCUGAUGCCAGCUGUCCUGUCGCCGGCCAGUGAGCUGACGCCAGCUGUGCGGGAGGUGGCAGCAGCAGCAGUGAGGGGUGCACUAGAGAAGGGUCGGAAGACGGUGUGGGAUCUGGCUGCUCGAAGGGUGGCGGCUCUGCUGUCUGCUCCUCCUGUGUGCUUCGGGACUUCUGAGCAAUUCUUACAGAUCCUGUGUCUGGUGGAGGAUUUUGUGCUGGCAGGGGAGGCGUUCACCCAAGCAGAGGCGGGGAGUCUGAGGGCCAAGAUGGGUCGGCAGUGCGACCAGUUCUUUCGGAAUUACCACCGGCAGGCACUGGAGAAGUCUUCCCCGUGUGGCACAGCAUACGUAAGUCUCGCCCAAUCUUUUGAGACGUCUCAAAAGUCUUCCCCGUGUGGCACAGCAUACGUAACAUACGUAAGUCUCGCCCAAUCUUCCCAUGCUCUUCCCGACCCUGUGGCAGGUGCUGCGUAUGAUGGUGGAACGGGAAACAUGGCAGCCCCUCCCUCCGUCCUCCCAGCAAGCCCCCGAGGGAGCAGCUUGAUUCUGCAAGCGGGAGAGGGCGAGGGGCGGGUGGAGGGGGAGGAAGGGGAGGAAGAGGGGUUAGCAGCGGUGGAAUGGGGUAGGUUUGGGAGUGCAGCAGAGGGAGUGAACGAACUUCGACAGUACAGCUCUGAGCAAGUGGCUCCAAGAAAUGCCGCCCCAACUCCCACUGGCUCCGCUGCUGGUGGUGGUGAUGCUGGUAGCGGUGGUAGCUGGGGCAGUGGGUACGAUUUGAAGAGUAAUACCUUCAGCUACAGCAGGAGUGGUGGUGCUGUUGCCGCUGCUAGCCCUUCCGGUGUUGCUGCUGUUUGUAGCGACCCUACUGCUGCUGUGAGUGGUGCCAGCAGUGGCAUGAGAGGGGUUGGGAGCGGUUUAUUGAGGAUGGGAGAGGAAGGGGAAGGAGUGGAGCAGGAAGAGGAGGAGGAGGAGGAGGAGGAAGAAGAAGAGGAGGAGAACUCUCUACUAGGCCGCUCACAGAGUGAUGGCAGGCUGGGGGGCCAGGGGAGGAGGCGGGCUGGCAUUGGGAAGGAGGGAGGUGGAGGGGUGGGUGCUGGUGGGAGCAAAGGGGGGAAGGGAGGGAAGGGGGGAAAGGCAGGGAAAGGGGAGGAGCAGGAAUUUGCCGCCACUGCGUCUGCCCUUGGGAAGGGGGAGGAGCAGGACUUUGUUGCCACUGCGUCUGCUCUCGGUGCUGUCAGCCGCCCCCGUCAACCCUCUCCCCCAUCACCCACUGCACUUUCCUCUGCCUCCCUCCCACUGCACACCCCACCUCUUCUCUCCGCUCCCACCCUUGCCGUCCUUCCCCUGCCUCCCCUUCCCCUGGCGCCCCUUCCCGUGCCGCCCUUUCCCCUACCGCCGCUUCCCCUCCCGUCCCUUCCCCUGCGGCCCUACCCUGUCACUCUGCUGUUCUCUCUCGGACCCAUCUCUGCUGAUGUCAUCAUGUCCGUGUGGCAACUAUUCGACCUCUAUCUCAUCACAGUAUUCCGCAUAUUCGGCCAUCGGGAGGCCUUCGCUGCCCUGCGAUCCGCCGACCCUGCCGCUGCUCACUUGCUAUCCCCCAAGCUCCGAGCCGUGCUCACCAAGAUCCUGCACAAGUUUGAAGCCAUGGGCCUGCGUCCUCUCUCUCCUCCCUCCUUCUCUGAUGCUGCUGCAUCCGCUGCUGCCUCCGCUGCUGCCUCUGCUGCUGCUUCUGCUGCUGCUGCAGCUGCCGCCUCUUCUCUCGAAUCAACUACAGGAGCAUCUGCUGCUGGUGCUGCUGCUGGUGCGGCUAGAGGUGCUGGUGCUGGUGCUAGGGGUGGUGCUGCUGCAAAGGGUGGUGGAGAAGGCAAUGGGAGUGUGGCAGUGCGGCCAAGUCUGUUUGACGGCAAGAGCGGCACCAGGGUGCUCAUCUCCUCCUCCAACUUCUAUGCUCUCAGGGAGCGGUGUGUGGCGAUCGAGUCGCUCCUCUGGCUCUCCCACGUGGUGCAGGCAGCACGGCAGCGCUUCCUCUCGCACCUUCCCAAGACGUCCUGGCCGCUGCUCGAGUCCUACACUUCCGAAACUCUGGAGGUGGUACCAGAGCUCUGUGAGCAUGUCAUGAGAACAGCUGCUCGGUUGCUCAUCAACUUCAGCAGCUAUGCGGACAAGAUUGCAGCAGGGAGAUGGGAGUCCCACGACGUCACGUCCUAUCACAGCCCCUACGUGGAUGUGCUCCUGUCGGAAUUCCGCCUCCUGCUACAGAGAUUGAACCACCUGGGCAUCCCAGUCCAGGUGCAGCACCAGCUGGUGCAGUUCGCCAUGGAGGCAGUGGCCGACGUGCUUGUGGAGGGUUUCUCUCGAGUCAAGCGGUGCUCCAAUGAAGGGCGAGCGCUCAUGUCUCUCGACCUGCAGACGCUGAUUAACGGUUUGCAGCAGCUCACAGGGCGCCGCCCAGACAUGCAGAUUGUCGACACGUACAUCAAGGCCUUCUACCUGCCCGAGACAGAGUACCUCUACUGGGCGCUCAGCCAUCCUGUAAGAGUAUUCGCGCGCGCAGGUGGUGUCUCUGAUCAACCUGGUGGCAGUGAUGAAGGGGUGGAGGAGGAAGACUCGUGUUGA